AUGUCGCAGUCUCACGAUCCUUACACCUAUGGCGAGACCGACGAUGGCGAUCAUCCGCUUCUACCCAACGAUGGCUCGCAGUACCACUACGCCCCCGCUUCAGCAUUUACGCCAGAUGGCCGCCUAGUCGCAGGCGCGGGUGGCGUCUCCCCUUGGCCUGAUGCGCAGGGGGUCGAGGAUGGUGACGAUGUAGCGGGCAUGGCUCGCGGUCGAAAGCUCACAAUGGACGAAGCUGGUGUCGGGAGUGAUGAUGACUUGCCAGGCGGAUGGGCGCCGCACCUCAAUCGAGUGGAAGACGGCACAGGCGGCAUUCGAUACGGUCGUAUCCCGCAGCGAGUCCCGCGCCGCUACAAGACGCUUAAGCGCGUCGAGCUCUACCAUGGCAACCUGGUUCUGGACUGCCCUGUACCUUCUCGCCUCCUCGAACGACUCAAUGACCGCGAGUCUCGCGAGUUCACCCACAUGCGAUAUACGGCCGCCACCUGCGACCCGGAUGAUUUCAAAGACGAGCGCUACACGCUGCGGCAAGUCCUCUUCGAUCCGCCACGCCGGACUGAACUCUUCAUCGUUCUCACAAUGUACAAUGAAGAUGAGGAGCUCUUCUGUCGCACCCUGCACGGUGUGAUGAGCAAUAUCGCGCACCUGUGUACGCGAGAGCGGUCAAAGACGUGGGGCAAGGAUGGCUGGAAGAAGGUCGUCGUCUGCAUUGUGUCGGAUGGGCGUAUGAAGAUCAAUGCGCGCGUCCUGUCCGUGCUUGCAGCCAUGGGCGUGUAUCAAGAGGGAGUGGGCAAGAAUGUAGUCAACGGCAAGCCGGUGACAGCGCACAUCUACGAGUACACGACGCAGCUGAGCGUGGAUCCCGAUCUCAAGUUCAGAGGGAGGGAGAAGGGCAUCAUGCCGGUGCAGAUCCUCUUCUGCCUCAAGGAACGCAAUCAAAAGAAGAUCAACUCGCAUCGCUGGUUCUUCAAUGCCUUUGGCCAGAUCUUGCAACCCAACGUCUGCGUCCUCCUCGACGUGGGAACCAUGCCGAGGUCCAAGAGUAUCUACCAUCUGUGGAAGGCCUUUGAUAUCAACUCGAAUGUCGCGGGCGCUUGUGGAGAGAUUGUAGCCCUCAAGGGAAAGCUGUGGACUGGGUUGUUGAACCCGCUCGUCGCUGCGCAGAAUUUCGAGUACAAGAUGUCGAACAUCUUGGACAAGCCACUCGAAUCCGUCUUUGGCUACAUCACCGUCCUGCCCGGCGCCUUCUCCGCCUACCGCUACAUCGCUCUGCAAAACGACUCGGUGGGACAAGGUCCGCUCGCUUCCUACUUCAAGGGAGAGACUCUGCACGGCGGCUCGACGGACGCCGACAUCUUUACGAGCAAUAUGUACCUCGCAGAGGACCGUAUUUUGUGCUGGGAGCUGUGCUCGAAGCGCGACUGCGCCUGGAUCCUCCACUACGUCAAGAGCGCCCAAGCCGUCACCGACGUGCCCGAUGCGGUCCCCGAGCUCAUCAGCCAGCGACGUCGUUGGUUGAACGGAUCCUUCUUUGCUGGUAUCCAUUCGAUUGUAAAGUUCGGCUACCUCUACCGGUCGAGCCACUCGUUUGGUCGCAAGUUUGCGAUGCACAUCGAGCUGCUCUACCAAGCCAUCACCCUCAUCUUCAGCUGGUUUGGCAUGGCCAACUUCUUCAUCGCCUUCUCCAUCCUCUCGUCCGCCCUCGCUGGCGAAGUGAGCGCGCUUCGCAUCCCAGGCAUCGUCCUCUCAUACGUCUACGUGGCUCUGGUCCUCUUCAACUUCCUCCUCGCCAUGGGUAAUCGUCCCGCAGGCUCCAAGUGGGCGUACGUCUUCUCCAUGUUCAUGUUCGCUCUCCUCACCCUCUACAUGACGGCCGCAGCUGUCCUCCUUGCAGUGAAUUCGAUCGUCAAGGCCAAGAACAGCGGCGACGGCGCAAAAGAGCUGGUCACCGACUCUACCUUUAUCAACAUCGUCAUUUCCCUCGCGGCCACGUAUGGCGUGUGGCUGCUCAGCUCCCUCCUCUUCUUCGAGCCCUGGCACAUGUUCACCAGCAUCAUCCAGUAUCUCCUCAUGGCCCCGUCGUUUGUCAACGUCAUCUCUAUUUACGCAUUUGCCAAUAUCCACGAUGUUUCGUGGGGAACAAAGGGCAGCGACACCGUAUCGACGGAUUUGGGUGUCGUAGCUGGCGGGUCCGGGGAGAACAAGAACCAGGUCGAGGUGGCCAUCCCGACGGAGGCGAAGGAUAUUGACCAGAAUUACGACGAUGCGGUUCAUAUGCUUGCGACCAAGGCGCCAAAGGAGGAGAAGAAGGUCGAUCUGGAUCAGAAGCAAAAGGAUUACUACGCUACAGUGAGGACCAACGUCGUCACCGUGUGGGCCAUCAGCAACGCCGCGCUCGGAGUUGCCAUCUUGAACAUCGGCAGCGAGGGCGUCAAGAAGAACUAUAUGGGCUUCCUGCUGUACAGCGUGGCGGGCUUGGCGGCCUUCAGGUGCAUUGGAAGUAUCGUCUACCUCUGCAAGCGUCUCUUCUCCGGAAGCUAG